GGCUAGGUGGAGGAUUGGUUGUUGGCAAGCUAUUUUACCUCAGCAGAUUGAAGGCCAAAACCAAGGUCACAACAACAUCUCUUAUAGAACUCCAAUAUCCUGAUGAUAAUGUAGUCCGUACGCAUUCAGAAGAAGACCUACAAGCCACUCAUUGCAGAAGCAUAGGAGAAGCUUGGCCUCUCAUUGAACAUCGAGAAAACCAAAGUGCUUUUUCAGGAGUCGUCAGCAAAUCCAGAAAAACAGCUCAGUGGUGUAACAUUAGAAAAUGUUGGCCAUUUCUGCUCCCUUGGCAGCCACCUCGCCACAGAAGUCAACAUUGACACUGAAAUACAACACCGCCUGAGCUCUGUGAGUGCAGCGUUUUUCUGAAUGAAGCAGAGAGUGUUUAAGGAUCAGGACACCCAUAGGGACAUAAAGGUGCUUGUUUAUAAAAGCUAUGGUCCUCCCAACUCUGUUAUAUGACUGCAAAAUGUGAACUGCCUACAGACGUCACACCCAACUCCCGGAAUGAUUCCACCAGUGUUGCCUCCAAAAAAUCCUACAAAUCUCUUGGGAAGACAAGCGAACAAAUGUCAGCGUGCUGGAAGAAGCAAAGACCACCAGCACUGAAGCAAUGCUUCUUCGCCAUCAACUCCACUGGACUGGCCACGUUGUCCGAAUGCCUGAUCACCGUCUCCCAAAGCAGUUACUAUGCUCCUAACUCAAGAAUGGAAAACGGAAUGUUGGUGGGCAGGAAACGAGAUUUAAAGAUGGGCUUAAAGCUAACCCUAAAAACUGUGGCAUAGACACUGAGAACUGGGGAACCCUGGCCCUUGAGCGCUCUAACUGGAGGUCAGCUGUGACCAGCAGUGCUGCGGAAUUCAAAGAGGCAAAAAUGGAGGGCGAAAGGGAAGAAGGCAAGGGGCUUUGAUGUUGCAGUCUAAUCUUGAAAGUUCCUUCUUUUCUUCCUCUCCCACAGCAUUCCAAAACAUGGAUGCUAUUGCUUCUAGGACUAGUCGGAAAAAAGAAGCAUAAAGCAUUGUCGUUGGCACCUUCUGGAAUAGGAUCUUGAAGUGUCUGCCUUUCAAGCCAAAUUGUUCAACAGGAGUUCCAUACCAUCUGUUCUCCCAUGGUAAAGAGUGGCUUGAACUCAAAUCCUGUCCACCACGUUGUUUCCAGUCCACAUCAAGCUGUCCAAUUUUUCAGACUUGACAAGCUGCACAUCAGUUUUGCAUCGUAUCCACUGGGCUGCAUCUGGGCCACCACUGUGUUCCGAGGGAUUGCCAUUACUACCUCUUGCCAGCUGAAGAACAAUCCAUUUAAAAGUACGCUUCAGGUUCUAGAUGUGAAUCAACCCCAUGAUGCAACAUGUCUCCCCAGCACCAGCUCUGACAAUGAUGGCCACACAGACUGUGCCCCCUCCGCCAUACCAAGAAACCCAACAGAUGACUGCCGCCACGCAACAGCCAGCUAAAGCCCAGUCCGUCCACCUCAACCCGCCUUCGGCAGCCGGCAACACUCCUCUCCCCAACACUCCCAUCGAUCCUCAGGCACAGCUGGAGGCCGACAAGCGAGCCGUCUACAGGCAUCCCCUUUUCCCCCUCCUUACACUGCUGUUUGAGAAGUGUGAGCAGGCUACGCAAGGCUCGGAGUGUAUCACUUCUGCCAGCUUUGAUGUUGACAUUGAAAAUUUCGUCCAUCAGCAAGAACAAGAGCACAAACCAUUCUUCAGUGAUGACCCUGAACUGGACAACCUGAUGGUGAAAGCCAUUCAGGUCCUGAGGAUUCAUCUACUGGAAUUAGAGAAGGUGAAUGAAUUGUGCAAAGACUUUUGUAAUCGUUAUAUCACCUGCCUCAAAACUAAGAUGCACAGCGACAACCUACUCAGGAAUGACCUUGGAGGGCCUUACUCCCCAAACCAGUCCUCCAUCAACCUACACACACAGGAGAUGCUGCAGAAUUCUCCUAACUCCAUGACUGCAGUAUCCAGCAACCCCCAAGGAAUUGUGGUACCUGCCUCAGCAUUGCAGCAGGGGAAUAUCUCCAUGACAACGGUCAACUCACAAGUUGUGUCAGGCGGAGCCCUUUACCAGCCUGUAACGAUGGUAACGUCUCAGGGCCAAGUGGUCACCCAAACAAUCCCGCAAGGGGCCAUUCAGAUCCAGAACACACAGGUUAACCUGGAUCUGACCUCUCUUCUUGACAGCGAAGAUAAAAAGUCAAAGAACAAACGGGGAGUCCUGCCGAAACACGCUACGAAUAUCAUGCGCUCCUGGCUUUUUCAGCAUCUUAUGCAUCCUUAUCCAACAGAGGAUGAGAAAAGGCAAAUAGCAGCACAGACCAACCUCACGCUCUUGCAAGUCAACAACUGGUUCAUCAAUGCCCGGAGACGUAUCCUGCAGCCGAUGCUCGAUGCAAGCAAUCCAGACCCAACCCCUAAAGCCAAGAAGAUCAAAUCCCAACACCGACCAACACAGAGGUUCUGGCCCAACUCCAUUGCGGCUGGAGUGCUGCAGCAACAAGGAGGCAACCCUGGCACGAACCCUGAUGGCUCUAUAAAUAUGGACAACCUCCAAUCCCUCUCUUCCGAUAAUGCUACCAUUGCUAUGCAGCAGGCCAUGAUGGCAGCUCAUGAUGACUCACUCGAUGGGACAGAUGAGGAGGAGGAUGAAAUGGAAGAAGAGGAGGAGGAAGAGGAGGAGGAGGAAGAGGAUCUGGAGGAGGAUGCCGAGGAGCUCCAGACAACAAAUGUUAGCGACCUUGGCUUGGAGCACAGUGACUCACUGGAGUAGAGUCGAUGGCGGAGCAGUUGGAUCGGCUUGCCAAAACCAUUGGCCUAAGGAAUUGUAGAGAGAGCCUGAACUUGAACAUACAAGCCCCACGUCCCUUUAUAUAGAAUUAAUUCAGCAACAAUAUCCUUAUGGAGUGUCCUGCUUACCUGGUCUCAAUUGCAGGAAUGGACAUAGCUGCACGUUGAGGAUCCCUUGCCAAAUGUGCAAACCAGUUAUUUAAGUGAAGGACACAUGUUUACAAGGCACAUAUUGUGGCCAGUUCUCCCCCCUCCCUCUCCAACCCCUUUGUUUUUGAUAAUAACAACAACCGAAUUGUUUUUAGGGUAAGCUGUUUUCUGUAUGACUGAAUGUUUUAUGGAUGUUCUGAUGCAAUGCCUUUUUUGUGACACGCAGUCGAGAGGCAAGCCUGUUUUCAUUUUCACUGCUUUUAUGAGAGAUUUAUAGAUGCAAAACAAGAGAGAGAAGAGAUCAAUGGUUUUUACAACAAAAAACGUAAAAAGACUGCAAUGGUUAUAAAUAUUUACAUGUAGAAAAAAUAAGAGUUUGCAAAUUUUGGAGAAAAAAAUGGCAAUGUGGGAGAGUUUAAUGCUGGACCCAAAUUGACUCGUAGCUGUUUCUGCAGAACCGGGUUCCAAGUCAUCACGGUUUCAUGGGUCCAGAUCCCAAGAAGUACAGAAAAGUCCCAUUUUUCAUAGUUAAUGUGACAAAUACAUUCUGCACUGCAACAUGAACCAUUCUGGGAGGGGAAACUGGGGAAAAGUUUAACCUUCCGAAUGGGGUGUCAUAACAGUUAUGUCUGGUUUAGUUCCCUGCUUCAAGAGGUAGCUUCAGGUAAUCCAGUAAGAAUACCCCUGAAUAAUUAUGUUAAUUGUUUAGAGGAUUAUACACUAAGAAGAAAUGAUAAAUGGUUUUCUGCAUUGGUUGAAUAUGAA